UUUUUUUCCAUUUACUGAUAGCGUACGUCACACGAUUCUAUGAAAUUUUUUCAGUCAUAUUGUAAACUGUAAUCUUUUGCCGAUAAACAUAAUUGGCAGUCGUAUUUUCGUAUUUAGGAGUACAUAGAUUGAUACAAGCGGCUUACAAAUAAUAAAUUGUUUUUCAUGUUCGUCUUUCUGGUGCCUUUUAACUUUGUGAUUAUGACAUCCUCACAGUGAAUGCUUGUUGUCGUCGUUUUACCUUAUUAUAAUUAAAACAACUAGUUCGUGUUACCGUUGUAUAACAGUUUACGUAUUAUAUAACCAUGGCUGAACCUGAUGAAAAUCCGUUUGGAGAUCCCACUGUGGGUCAUCCUUUUCAGGAUCCUUCAGUCAAAGAACUAACAAAUAAUAAAGUACAGUCUUUAAUUGAAGACUUCAAUCCAUUUGGAAAGGAACAGAAUGUUGCUAACAAUGCGAAACCUCCUAUACGAGGAGCAGCCAAUCCACCAUUAAAUUCAAUGCCAGCUGUUAUGUCACCUACUCAAGAAUAUCCAGUUACACCACAAGUAGCUCCAACUUAUGGAAGAAAUCCUGGUGAUGUGUCAGCUGAUUUAUUGGCUAGAAAAGCUGAACUUGAUCGAAGGCAAGCUGAAUUAGAUAAAAGAGAAGAAGAAUUACGUAAUGCUACAAUCAAUGUUCGUCAAAAUAAUUGGCCUCCAUUACCAAAAGGAUUUUGUUAUCAACCAUGUUUUUAUUUGGAUAUUAAUGUAGAAAUUCCGACCGAUUUUCAACAUGUAGUGAGACAACUAUACUAUUUAUGGUUAUAUCAUACUGGUUUGCUUGUAUGCAAUAUAUUGAUCGCUACUAUUUUACUUUUCACUACAGCAGCGAUUGGUGUAUUUAUUAUGUCAAUUAUUUAUACUGGAAUGUUGGUGCCACUUUCAUUUUUAUUUUGGUUCCGCCCUGGGUAUAAAGCAUUUCGUGAUGACAGUUCUUUCAAUUUCAUGCUAUACUUCUUCGUAUUUUGUAUUCAAUUUGUUAUUUCAAUAGUCCAAGCAUUGGGUACUAAGGAUUCAGGCUAUAAUGGAAUAUUUUCGGCCUUUAGUCUUUAUGAAAAUGCACAUCCAUUUUUAGGUACAAUGGUCUUAUUAAUGGGAAUUUCUUUUGCUCUUGGUGCAGCAAUGGACUUCCUUUUAUUGAAUAAAAUUCACAGAAUCUAUCGUAGCUCUGGCGCUAGUUUUGCUAAGGCACAAGAAGAAUUCCGUUCAGGUGUAAUCUCUAGUGGUGCUGUUUCCAACGUCAUAACAUCUAACAUCAGAUUUUAAAAUAAUAAAUUAUAAAUACUCAAUAUACUAUCUAUUUAACCCAUAAUAUUACCUUUGAAUAUAAUAUAUUGUCAUCUUGUGUUC